AUGGCGACCGCGUCCGCGUCCACGGGCGCGCCGACGGUGUACGCCCUCGACUUCGACGGCGUCGUGUGCGACUCCGAGCCGGAGAGCAGCAUCAGCGGAUGGACGCACGCGCGCGCGCUCUGGCCCGAGAUUUUCGUCGACGACUCGGAGGCGACGACGCGACGCGUGCUGGACGGUCUGAAGCGCACGCGCCCGGUCGUGGAGACGGGGUUCGAGAACACCCUCCUCGCGCGGUGCGUCUACGAGGAAAUUCCGGGGUACUCCGUGGACGAGAUCCUCGCGUCGUGGGGCGCGCUGAUGCCGCCGCUCAUGGAACGGUGGAACCUAGACCGCGCGUCCAUGGUCUCCGGGUACGGAGCGAUUCGCGACGACUGGAUGGAAGCGGACCUCGCCGGAUGGCUCGCGCCGAACUUGAUCUACCCCGGGAUCGGCGAGGCGUGUAACGUCGCGGAGGCGUCGAGCGCGUGCGACGUGUUCAUCGUCACGACGAAGCAGGCGCGGUUCGCCGCGGCCAUCAUGGAGGAGAAGGCGCGUUCUGCGAAUCUCGUCGUCCCGGAGACGCGACUCUUCUCGCAGUGCGUCAGCGGGAUCCCGAAGACCGCGGUGCUGCGCGAGCUCGGGGACGCCGCCGCGGAGGGCGCGAGGAAGGUGUUCGUGGAGGAUAAGAUGAGCACGCUCGAGAAGGUGUGCGCGACGGAGGGGUUGGAAGACUGGGAGUUGUUUUUAGUCGACUGGGGAUACAACACGCCGGAGGAGCGCGCGCGCGCCGAGGCGAACCCGCGCAUCACGGUCUGGGGGUUGGAAGACUUCGUCAGGGACUUGGAGGCCGCGGCCGCCGCGAAGGCGUGA